GGGCUCUUCAUGAUGUGCAUCCCGCCCCCCAACGUCACCGGCUCGCUGCACCUGGGCCACGCGCUCACCAACGCCAUCCAGGACGCCCUGACCCGCUGGCACCGGAUGCGCGGCGAGACCACGCUGUGGAACCCGGGCUGCGACCACGCCGGCAUCGCCACGCAGGUGGUGGUGGAGAAGAAGCUGUGGCGGGAGCGGGGGCAGACGCGGCACGACCUGGGCCGGGAGGCGUUCGUCCGCGAGGUCUGGAAAUGGAAGAACGAGAAGGGCGACAGGAUCUAUCAUCAGCUCAAGAAGCUCGGCUCGUCCAUGGACUGGGAUAGAGCCUGCUUCACCAUGGACCCGAAACUGUCCUACGCUGUUCAGGAAGCCUUCGUCCGGCUGCACGAGGAGGGGGUGAUCUACCGCAGCAAACGUCUGGUCAACUGGUCCUGCACCCUGCACUCUGCCAUCUCCGACAUCGAG